AUGACGGUUGCUCAAGGUUAUCACAACCUCGUCCCCACGACCGGACUGUCGGGUCCGGUUGACACGACAAAGCCGUACGACCCGUCCACAUUGUCUGAAAAGACAGUCCUAAUCACCGGGGGAGCCCUCGGCCUCGGUGCCCUCUUCGCCCGGAAGUGGGCGUCCCACGGUGCCAAUAUCAUUGUCGGCGACAUCAACGCCUCGGAGGGCGAAGCCCUCAUCGCCUCCCUCCGCACCGACCACCCAAAGGGUUCUCACCACUUCGUCACCUGCGACGUCACUUCCUGGGAUUCCCAGGUCACGUUCUUCAAAGAGGCUGCGCGCCUCUCCCCCAACGGCGCCAUCGACGUCGUCGUCGCCAACGCGGGCAUCAACCUCCCCCCCGCGAACCAGGCCUUCGACAACCCCACCCCCUCCAAGUCGGACCCAGAUGCCCCCCGGGAACCAUCCACCAAGACCAUCGCCGUCAACAUCACCGGCCUGACGUACACCACGCACCUCGGCAUGUUCUGGCUCCCCCGCAACGGCAAGCAGGACGGCACCACCGGCGCCUCCGCCAAGGACCGCUGCAUUCUCCUCAUCGGCUCCGUCGCCGGCGUCGUCCACUUCCCCGGCCAGUCGCCCUACACCAUGUCCAAGCACGCCGUGACGGGCCUCUUCCGCGCCAUGCGCGCCACGGCCUACAUGUCGCACCGCGUGCGGCUCAACAUGCUGUGCCCCUACUUCGUCAGCGAGAGCAACAUGCUGCCCCGCCUCGGCGAGGCCGCGCUGCUGGGCGGUAGCGCGGGCGGCGCCAGGCUCGACGACGUCGUGGACGCCGCGACGCGGCUCGUCGCGGACGAGGGCGUCGUCGGCAGGGCGCUCCUCGUCGGGCCCGCGGUCGCGGACGAGGAGAGGGGCGUCACGCAGAAGGUCGCCGCGUGGGACGUGUAUGCCGAGGAUUACAAGGACUGCGAGGCUUUCGUGUGGAGGUGGGUGAGGAUUUUGAAUACCGUCGAGGCGGCGCGCGGGUGGUUUGGCUGGGUGAGGGAUUGUUUCGGCAUCAUGACACGGCGGUGA